UUGAUACAACUGCCUCUUGCCUCUUUGUCUUUCCCUUUAAAUACCUUCCCACCAACAUGGCUUCAUCAUCAACCAUUACUCACAAUCUCUCUAUCUCUCUCUUUCUCUUUCUCAUAAGAUCAAAAAUCAAGAUCACCACUUAAACCUUCCAAUAUGACAUUGAGCAGAGUUCACCAACAAGUUAUUGCAUUUCCUGCAGCCAAGACUGCUCCAGCGCUUUACUUGCCUGAUCCUGCAGCUUCCAUCAACAAGCUCCAAAUCCCAACCUCUUCAAAGUUUUCUCCUUCAGCAGACAAGGGAAAAUCGAUGCUGCGAAAGAAGAAGACCGAUAGCUUCACCAACGGAGCUAGAGACCAGGACAAGUUAGGACCCAAGCUAACUGAAACAGUCAAGAGAAAGCUGUCCUUGGGAGCUAAGAUCCUUCAAAUGGGAGGUUUAGAGAAGAUCUAUAAGCGACUCUUCAAAGUCUGCGAUGAAGAGAAACUGUUCAAGGCGUACCAAUGUUACCUAUCAACAACCGCCGGUCCCAUGGCAGGCCUACUCUUCAUCUCCUCACAGAAGAUUGCAUUCUGCAGCGAGAAAUCGAUCAAGGUGGCUUCUCCUGAGGGAGAUAUCAUCAGAGUUCACUACAAAGUAUCAGUCCCCUUGUGCAAGAUCAAUGGAGUGAACCAGAGUCAGAACACAAAGAAGCCAUCUCAGAAGUACCUUGAAGUAGUAACAGUCGAUAACUUCGACUUCUGGUUCAUGGGAUUCGUUAACUACCAGAAAGCUUUCAACUGUCUCGAGCAAGCGCUAAACGAUGAUAACCAAUGAAAGGUUGAAGAAGAAAUAUUUCAUUUCUAUUUUGACCUGUUUCAAUCAGGGAAUGUUAGUAAAGAGCCUAGAAGAGACCGACAAUAUUGUUUGUACAAACUCAUUUUUUUUUUAUUUUGCUUUAUCCAUUUUGGUUUCCAUUGAAGAAACGAGAAAGAGAUUAAUAUAUAGCUAAAGAUGAUCCCAUCACUUUUUCCUUA